GCUCAAGUCGCUAAGUUCUAGGCCCCUAAGGGCGCGUCAUGCCCUUCCCGUUUUACGCGGGGUACGAUCUAUUCCAUGGAAAAGCAGAGCAUCGCAGAAAACCAGAGCAUCGCAGAUGCGAAGGUGAAAGCUGCCUAUGGCGCGUGUGAGGAUGUGCCGGUGAUGGAGGAAUGGAGUCAACCAGAUGUGCUGCUGAUGAACAUUUGGAGCGCUCUGGGGCAGAUCUUGGUGCCCAUGGGCCUGGUGGUGGUCUACAACAACCCCGGAGUGUUCCAUGCCUCUUCCAGCCAAGACGCCGAGCAGACCAGACGCUUCUUCAUGCAGUGCCAAAACCAAGGCCAUUCCUGGCAAGUGGAAUGGGCCUGUGUGUGGACGACGCCAGCGGUACGCCUCUUCCCGGUGCUGGGGGUGUCAUUGCCGGUGCUGCUGGCGCUGUGGAAGGUGCUGCACCUGCGGGCCUACUACAUGUUCAUGAGGAACCGCAUCAUGAUCUGCUUCGCCGCUGGCUCCCGGCUGGGGUUCAAGUGCGGCUUGGCGCUGAGCGUAAUCUUCGCCCAUGCCUUGGCCCACUUUGCGCUGCUGAUCUUCUUCGGUCAUCCCUGCGAGGAGGAGCACUGCCGAGGACAGCAUAUCCUGAACACCGGCUGGAAGGACUUUCUGAACGACCCGGCCACGCUGCAGCGGGACAAGACCUUUGUGCUCGCCGCCACCCGCUUGGCGGUGCAGUACAUUGUGCCGGGGGCCUUGAGCCUCAUCUUCGUGUUCGGCAUGGAUAACUUUGUGGCAGAACUGGUGCCAAUGGGCCUCUACUUCGACCACCUCCCCAGCAAGCGAUACGAGAAUUUGGGCCGGUACAUGUACAUCAAGGAGGACGUCAUUGAAGUCGCUGUCAAGCGCAUCAUGGCUUCCGCUUCGGAGCUGCAGCCGCAAUCCAUGGAGCAGCUCUGCCUCCGCUUCCAGGAAACCGCCAAGGCGAUGCAGUGCAAACAACUCGGAGAGUCGGCCGACUUGGAGGAAGAGACGCAGAGUGAGAGUCUGCAGCUGGAGGAGAAGGGCUUCGCGGCCGGCGUGCGGGAGCUGAUCCUGCUGGAGUGGUGGCCCUUGCGGCUCUUGUUGGAAUUUCCGCUGGUGGACGAGGUCUCGGUGCGGUUCUGCCAGUUUUUGGCGGCGCACCUGGUUGCCAGCACAGUACUGCUGGGCCUGAUGACGACAACCAUCCUGCGGCGCUGCGUGAUUCUGGUGCGUACGGAGAUGAUGGAUCUCGAAAGCGGGGACUUUAUACCUGAGCCCGACGCGAUCUACCCCUUCGCCUGGUACCUUUGCUUGGGCCUGGUGCUUGGAGUUGCCACAUGUCGUGUCCUGAGCCUCACGUGGCGCGUCACUCUGCGGCUUACGCAAAGUCCGGAGCCCACUGAGCCGUGAACUUGGAAGGAACUUGGAGCAAGCGGCGUUCAUAGCUUGGUGGUUCGGAACCAGCGAAUCGUCCGGGUCGAACUUUGUUUUUGGUUUUGUUGUUUGGUGUUUAGUGGUUGGGUUU